CUCCACCUAGCGCAGGAAUCGUGCGGUGGAUCGGUGACGAAUCGUGUCACAACACACGAGACAUAUCCCAGGGCCUCGAUUUUCCUCACCCAUUGCUAGAAAAAAAAAUCAAGUUAAGGAUAGGCAGCAAUGUGAGAAGGCUCACCGAACGACGGAAGGGGUGAACGAAGCUCCUUUCUGCUGUGAGCUUAACGGGUUCGAUUGUUGUCUGCCCCAGGAGGAGGACAUCGGCAAGCCAGCCAGCCAGCCAUCGAGUGUGCCUCUAGGGCUUUCCUGAGGGCCCGAGAUAGCCCCUACUAGCAUUCAAUCGUGGCUCGUCGAACUGUUCGGAUCGGGUUUUCCCUUCUCGGUUGAUUCAUUAUAAAAUUUGUGGCUCAUAAAUCAGCUGAUUACACGUGUAUCAAUCUUCGGAUAGCAAGAUAACAAAAAAGCAACAUCAAAGUGAAACGGUAAAUAGGGCAGAAACCAAAAAAAGGAGAAUAAAAACCAACCUAAAGUGAUAAACCUGUGAAUCGAAACGUGAUUUCAGCUGAUUCGAGCUGGUUUCUAAGGAUUAAAAAAAAGAAAAGAAAAAAAGUCGUAAUAAAGGAUCGGUCGAGUUUGAUAAACUGAUUGUUGGGCCCAAGAUUAAAAGUGGAUUUAGAGCUGCUGUUUUCAGUUGCAGUGGUGUUGUUUAAAAGUUCAAAUAAAAACGUGAUAGUGAUUUUGGAAAUUGUUGGUGGAUAAAUCUCAAUCGGAUUUCUUAAAAGAAUUCUGGAACCGGAUAGACGAUUAUCCAGUUCAUCGGGCCACAGAAUCGAAACAAUCGUUUCCGGGAUCUAGAUUGCUUGGUUUUCCGGCUUCCGUGUGCCAAAAGAAAACAGGAGUUCCAUACGAAAAGGGAACGGGGCGGAAGCAACAAACACCAAUCAAAACAAAAAUACUCCAACGAAACCAAACUAGCACAGCCACCAAAAUGUCCAUUUCGGAAUUCCGCAAGAAGAAGCUGCUGUACGUGUUCAAUGUCUUUUUCGAUGUCAACCAGAGUGGCGAGAUCGAUCAAAAGGACUUUGAAAUGGCGAUAGAGAAAAUCUGCGAACUUCGCGGCUGGCCGGCGGGAAAUUCGCGGAACACCGAAACCCACGAGACGAUGCUGAAAAUCUGGGAAGGUCUCCGGGCCAAGGCCGACAAGGAUAACGACGGACAGGUUUCGGUCGAUGAGUGGUACAAAAUGUGGGACGAGUAUGCCAGAAAUCCUGAAUCGGUUCUAGAUUGGCAAAUCAGAUACAUGAACUUCAUGUUCGAUCUGGAGGAUGCCUCCACGGAUGGAAGCAUCGAUGCCGAGGAAUUCGCCACUGUCUGUUCCAGCUACGGUUUAGACAAGCAGGAGUGUGUCAAUGCCUUCGAGAAGAUGGCGCGGGGCAACGAAGAGGUCGACCGGGACCAGUUCGCCGAGUUGUGGCGCGAGUACUUCUCCUCCGACGAUCCGUCGUCACCCGGAAACUGCAUCUUCGGCAAGACAUCGUUUUAACGCCGUGGCGCCACCAACCACAACAAAGAGGAGCAGCAGCCAACGAGGACGACGUGAUUGGGUGAUGACCCGAUCACUAUAGUUUUGUGUAAGGGUUCUGGAGAGCUCGAUUUUUUCUCAAAAAACAUUGGCCCGAAGGCAAGUAGCACACUCUUUUUCGGGUGUGAAACGAGAGUAAGAGAAACAAAAAGUUAUGGCGUUAGCGCACAUUUAAAGGAUUUAAGAAAAUUUUUAGCAAACAAAAAAAAAAUGAAGAUCAAAUCACAUUCAACUACGUCAAAUUUCGAUUUGUUUGGGAAGACAUGUGAUUCGAAGUUAGUAAACAAAAUUUAAAAAAAAAAGUAGACUUUUUUGCCGUUUUUCACUUUCCAGGGAAAUCGAUUCCUUGUUGUGUAGAAGAAAUACCGGAAACAAAAUCAAAAACCAUGUUUCCAAUAUUGAACUUUAUACAUUAUCGAUCGUUGUAGAAUAAAGAAAAAAAACAUUCAACAACAACCAGACAAAAAAACACACUCAACCCAAGCCUGAAAAAGGAAAAAAAACUGUUCUCGUUCUAUCUGGCAGAGGAAACUCUUCAUCGGUCCUGCAGCCAAAAUGUAAGACAAAGUCAAUUUUUGUGAGAUCAAAAAGUUCUACCUACUGUGAGAGACAUUCGACUGACGACGAAAAACUCAAUCAAAGUCAAAGAAUCGAUUCAAACCAGAAAUUUUUCGCUUGUUCGAUCCAGCUAUGAUUUUUUAUUCCGAACAUAAAGAAAGUUUCAAGUUUUAAAACAUGUUUUAUUUGACUAUUUCAAUAGAUUUUGCUUGGGUUUUAAUUUUUUUUUACGAAUGGAAAUGGAAUGUGAUGGAUUGAUAUUUUUUUAACAAUAGAUUUGUAAUUUUUUUAAUUCAUUAAUUUAUCAUCGGAUUAUCAUAUUUUUUCAAUCGAUUCCCACGAGGAAAAUUUUCAGAUAUUUCUUGAACAUAUUUCGCGUGGAUCUGAAGUGAAGGAGUCACGACUCAGGGGCAGGGGAUCGAAACCGAAAUCAUGCAGCACCCGUCACAGUAUGAAUAAUAUCUCGGCAGCCAUCUUCCAUGGGAAUGAAUGUAUGUGGAGCAAAAGUUUAAGAUCCCCAAAGUGAUUGCCAUUGCCAAAGAUGCCAGACCAAAGUUGAAGGGAACCGAAACAUAAGAAGAAAACUUCAAAAGUUGUCUUGCUACCGAGUGUUGCUUUUUGUCGCCACUCUCAACAAGUUUCAAAUUCCAGUGGAGAUGAUUUCAAUUUUUUUUCUCGGGUCGUUUUCGGUCAUGAAAAAUGAAAAAAAAACGUGAUAGUAUAAUAAAUGGCUCAAGAUGUGGACGAUUUAUCACUUGGACGACUUUUGAUAGGAGCUCCUCUAGAGUCCAUUUUAUGGGAGAUGCAUGGCCAUACUUUCGUUUUUCUUGGUCUGGAUCAUUUAUGUCACAGGAUGCAACUUUUUGGAACCUCUACUGAGUUUGACAACCCUGAAACUGACGACCGAUAAUGUCCCAUGGAAAAUCAACUGUCUUGUGCUGGUUAUUGAUAAUCCCAAAAAAAAAUUUUUUAUCGAACAUUCACUCUGAUUAUUUGUCCCACUUUAACUUGGCGAAACUAGUAAAAUUAUUGAAAAAAAACGUUUUAUGCUGCUCCAAUAUUCUAAGUUCUGCUUCUGAGUUCUGACACUCAAUUUCUGAGCUCUGACUGUGAGUUCUGACACUAAAUUCUCUUAGAAACAGUUUUGGCUCUGAGUUUUCGAAUUUAUGGUCUCACACUAAGUUCUGACUCUGAGAAAAACUCUGAGAACUUAUUCUUAGUUCUGACCUCUGGUCUCUGAUCUUGAGUUCUGCCUCUGUGUUUUGACACUGAGUUCUGACUCUGAGUUCUGACUCUGAGUUCUGACUCUGAGUUCUCACUCUGAGUUCUGACUCUCAGCUAUGAUUCUGAGUUCUGACUUUGAGCUCUGACUUUAAGCUCUGACUCUGAGCUAUGAUUCUGAGCUCUGACUGUGAGUUCUGACUCUGGGUUCUGACUCUGAGUUCUGAUUCUGAGUUCUGACUUUUAGAUCUGACUCUGAGUUCUAACUCUUAGUUCUGACUCUGAGUUCUGACUCUAAGUUCUGACUCUGAGUUCUGGCUCUGAGUUCUCACUCUGAGUUCUGAUUCUGAGUUCUGACUCUGAGUUCUGACUCUGAUUUCUGACUCUGAGUUCUGUCUCUGAGUUCAGACUCUGAGUUCUGUCUCAGAGUUCUUACUCUGAGUGCUGACUCUGAGUUCUUACUCUGAGUUCUUACUCUGAGUUCUGACUCUGUGUUCUGACUCUGAGUUCUGACUUUGAAUUCUAACUUUGAAUUCUGACUCUGAGUUCUGAGUCUGAGUUCUGACUCUGAGUUCUGACUCUGAGUUCAGACUCUGUGUUCUGACUCUUAGUUCUGACUCUUAGUUCUGACCCUGAGUUCUGACUCUGAGUUCUGACUGUGAGUUCUGACUCUGUGUUCUGACUCUGAGUUCUGUCUCUGAGUUCUGAUUCUGAGCUCUGACUCUGAGUUCUGAAUCUGAGUUUUGACUCUGGAUUCUGACUCUGAGUUCUGACUUUAAGUUCUGACUCUGAGCUCUGACUCUGUGUUCUGACUGUGUGUUCUGACUCUGAGUUCUGACUUUGAGUUCUAACUUUGAAUUCUGUCUCUGAGUUCUGAGUCUGAGUUAUUACUCUGAGUUCUGACUCUGAGUUCUGACUCUGAGUUCUGACUCUGAGUUCUGACUCUGAGUUCUGACGUUGAGUUCUGACUCUGAGUUUUGACUCUGAGUUCUGACUCUGAGUUCUUACUCUGAGUUCUGACUCUGAGUUCUGACUCUGAGUUCUGACUCUGAGUUCUGACUCUGAGUUCUGACAUCGAGUUCUGACUCUGAGAUCUGACUCUGAAUUCUGAUUCUGAGUUCUGACUUUUAGUUCUGACUCAGAGUUCUAACUCUGAGUUCUGACUCAGAGUUCUAACUCUGAGUUCUGACUCUGAGUUCUGACUCUGAGUUCUGAUUCUGAGUUCUGACUCUGAGUUCUGACUCUGAGUUCUCACUCUGAGUUCUGAUUCUGAGUUCUGACUCUGAGUUCUGACUCUGAGUUCUGACUCUGAGUUCUGACUCUGAGUUCUGAAUCUGAGUUCUGACUCUGAGUUCUGACUCUGAGUUCUGACUCUGAGUUCUGACUCUGAGUUCUGACUCUGAGUUCUCACUCCAAGUUCAGACUCUGAGUUCUAACUCUGAGUUCUGACUCUGAGUUCUGACUCUGAGUUCUGACUCUGAAUUCUGACUCUGAGUUCUGAUUUUUAGUUCUGACUCUCAGUUCUGACUCUGAGUUCAGAAUUCUUACUCUGAGUUCUUACUCUGAGUUCUGACUCUGAAUGCUGACUCUUAAUUCUGACUCUAAGUUCUGACUUUGAGUUCUGACUUUGAGUUCUGACUUUGAGUUCUGACUCUGAGUUCUGCCUCUGAGUUCUGACUCUGAGUUCUGACUCUGAGUUCUGACUCUUAGGUCUGACCCAGAGUUCUGACUCUGAGUUCUGACUCUGAGUUCUGACACUGAGUUCUGACUCUGAGUUCUGACUCUAAGCUCUGACUCUGAGUUUUGAAUCUAAGUUCUGACUCUGUAUUCUGACUCUGAGUUCUUACUCUGAGUACUGACUCUGAAUUCUAACUUUUAAUUCUGACUCUAAGUUCUGAGUUUGAGUUCUGACUCUGAGUUCUUACUCUGAGCUCUGUCUCAGAGUUCUUACUCUGAGUGCUGACUCUGAGUUCUUACUCUGAGUUCUGACUCUUAAUUCUGACUCUGAGUUCUGACUCUGAGUUCUGACUCUUAGUUCUGAUACUGAGUUUCGACACUGAGUUCUGACUCUGAGUUCUGACUCUGAGUUCUGACUCUGAGCUCUGACUCUGAGUUCUGACUCUGAGCUCUGACUCUGAGUUCUGAAUCUAAGUUGUGUCUCUGAAUUCUGACUCUGAGUUCUGACUCUGAGUUCUGACUCUGAGUUCUGACUCUGAAUUCUAACUUUUAAUUCUGACUCUAAGUUCUGACUUUGAGUUCUGACUCUGAGUUCUUACUCUGAGUUCAGCCUCUGAGCUCUGUCUCAGAGUUCUUACUCUGAGUGCUGACUCUGAGUUCUUACUCUGAGUUCUGACUCUGAAUUCUAACUUUUAAUUCUGACUCUAAGUUCCGACUUUGAGUUCUGACUUUGAGUUCUGACUCUGAGUUCUUACUCUGAGUUCUGCCUCUGAGCUCUGUCUCAGAGUUCUUACUCUGAGUGCUGACUCUGAGUUCUUGCUCUGAGUUCUGACUCUGAGUUCUGACUCUGAGUUCUAUCUCUGAAUUCUGACUCUGAGUUCUGACUCUGAGUUCUGACUCUUAGUUCUGAUACUGAGUUUCGACACUGAGUUCUGACUCUGAGUUCUGACUCUGAGUUCUGACUCUGAGUUCUGACUCUGAGUUCUGACUCUGAGCUCUGACUCUGAGUUCUGAAUCUAAGUUCUUACUCUGAGUUCUGACUCCGAGUUCUGACUUACAUUUUAACUUUGCGAUCUGGUUUCGAGUUUUGUCUUUGAAUUCUAACUCUGAUUUUGAGUUCUUUCUCAAAAUUUUGACUCCUAUUUUUCAUUUUGAGUUCUGACUCUGAGUUCUUUGAUACUGAGGUCCAACUCUGAGUUCGGAUUUUGAGUACUGACUCUGAUCUCUGACACUGAGCUCUGGCUUCCUGACUUCCUCUCGAUGACAUCUUGUUCUCUGAUUUUGAGUGUCCUCACUGAAAUUUUAGUUUAAAGUUAUAGAUUUUUCAUUUAACAUUCUAUUAUUCAUUUUUUGGAAUUAAUGCUUAAAAAUACUUACAAAUCGAGUCAAUUAAAUGACAUUUGCAUUUAAAACGUCUUAAAAAAUUGAUCGUCAAAUUACUCAACGACUGGUAUAGAAAACUAAAUCAAUUCAUCGUACCCUUGAAAGAACGAGAAUGUGUUUUAUUGAUGGAUGAGAACAGAACUACAGAUAACAAAAAAAAACAAAUUAAUGUGUAACAAAGGGAAAACUCGUUAGUGUUUAGUAAAAUGUAAGGACACAUGUGAUCCAAUGAGGGGGAAAUAUACUAUAAAUUCAAACUAUUAUAUUUACUUCGCUUGUUAAAACAAAAAAAAUAUCCACUACCUGAACUGUUUGUGUAAAAUCAACUUUUGCAAAACCUGCAAUCCACAAAUAAAAAGUGAAGUUUGGUGGUUAAGAUCAAAUUGGAAAUCAAAUUAAUGCAUCAAUAACAGCAAUGAAAUUCGAAUAAUCCACAUAUCGAUGUUUAAAACUUUGAACACACUGCAGAAAUUAUCAAAUAAAAUCAUGUUCAAGUGUCAUAUCAGUGAAUUCAACUCGUCAAAACGAACCUUUCAGACCGGAUGAAAAAUUUGGGCAGUAAAUCCCUACCAAAUUGAACUUAACCACCAGAAUUUAAUGAUCAAAAAACACCAUUUGCUCUUACUCUCAAUUAGCAGAUUGUUGUCUUUCUCUUUACUCUAUCUUUCUCUAGCUAGUGCAUUACAAUUUCAAACAAGAAAAAAAAAUGAUUGACUCAACACGAGGAACGAAAAGAAAAAUAAUAUAUGGUUAAAUUCUAUCAUCAACCUAUUAGCUGCUAACUAUCUCUAUUUUCCUGAAUCGGCACCAUGAGGAUGACAAAAAAAACAAGAAGGAUAGCCGCAAAUUGGAUCUUAAAAGGAAGCGAAAUCGAAAGCGAAUUUGCCAGACAUAAACUAUUCGUCGAGACUCAGAACCAUACAUAAACAUGGAACAUGUUAGCUUAAAAAUAAUGUGUGUUGGUAUGUUUUUUUUUAUUUUCUUCAAUUUUUGCACAACUUAAAAUAUUGAUUAGAAAAUGAUUUAUGGUUGUUGUUUUUUAAUGCGAUUGUUUCACCAAAACACACUUGCUUUUAUUCGUAUUUGUUAAAUUUUCGAUUUACCGUAAACCUGAAUACUUUAAUUGAAAAAGUUUUAUUCUUUUCUGUUUGUUCACUGAGGCGGCACACCUAAAAAAUUGGGUAUAAAAUAAACGUUUUGUCAAUUUAAUUUAAUUUAAGCAAAAUCAGGCUUUCUUGUAAUUUCGAAUACACACACACAAACUCAAACAUAUUUCAACAUUCGCCCGUGCAACACGAUACAAAUCGAAUAUAUCAGUAGAAUGUGGAAAGUAAAUAUGUGACCAAUCAAUUUGAGAAGCAAAAACAGAAUCGCAAAAGUUAAUUCUUCACUCAAAAACCGGAAACGGCACCUGGAAACAAGCGCAUAUCGCGGAAAAACAUUUUCCUCAACCUGAAGGCGUGCAUAAAGCAAACAUUUUCACAGAAUUUUUCCAACACACACACAUAUGACCUCACAUACAUAUGAUCAAUAAACGUUUGGAUCGGGGGGGAAAAAUGAUAUCAGCAGAAAUUUGAAACCAGAAAUGCUACAACCACAUCAUAUUUGCUGGCAUAAAAUCGCAUCCAAUUGUACUAAAAUGGAUCCAUAUAAAUGUUUGAAUGUUAAAUGAAAUAAACAGAAAAAAACAGUCCAAUGGAGAUAAAAACUGAA